ACAGUUUUUGUCCAUUUUGAUGAACACAUAUUUCCGGACUCAAUAAAACUUCCGUUCUCUUGAUGAUCGAAAACAAAAAAUGGAUUGUUUUAAUCUGUCCAUCCCCAUCUUGUACUUGUUUUUUCUUUCUAGCACACUGAUACAGUUCACAACAGCACAACCAACGUAUUCUUAUCAUUUUUGUUUAGGAAGUAAUUAUACUAAUAACAGUACAUUCCAAAAGAACCUCAAUCUUCUACUUACUUCUAUUUCAUCAGCCAACACUUCAGUAGUAAGAAAUGGAUACUAUAACGCCACAGUCGGGAAAACCCCGGAUUCAGUUUAUGGGUCUUUACAGUGUAGAGGUGAUAUUUCAUCGGAAGAUUGUCAGAGUUGUGCUAAAACAGCAGCUAAAGAUAUUAUUACAGAUGAGAGAUGUCCAAUUUCUAGACAGGCAAUUAUUUGGUAUGAUGAAUGUAUGUUAAGGUAUUCAAAUCAGUAUUACUUCAAUUCAAUGCAAGAUAGUCCAGGAGUUUAUUUGUCGAAUGUUAACAACGUUACCGAUCCAGAUAAGUUUAAUCCGAUUUUGGCUGAUUUAUUGAAUGAUUUAGUAAGUAAAGCUAUUUCUAGUGGUUCCCUAAAUUUUGCUGCCGGGGAUGCAAGUUUUACUAGUUUCCAGAAAGUUUAUGGAUUAGUACAAUGCACUGUUGAUAUAUCUUCGAGUAAUUGCAAUCGAUGUCUCCUUGGAGCUAUCUCUGAAUUACCAAAUUGUUGUGAUGGGAAACAAGGUGGAAGGGUUAUUAGACCAAGUUGUAAUUUUAGAUACGAAUUAUAUCCUUUCGCUCAAUCGGUUACUCCAUCGCCACCUCCGUUAUCUCCUCCUCGCGUACCAGCAUCACCCCCACCUUCGUCUACGACGACCCCAAGCCCAAAUGGGGAGAAAUCAUCCAAACUUGCUAUCAUUAUAUCCAUUCCUUCCGUAAUUGGGGCACUUGCUGCCAUCACUUUGUUUUGGGUCUUCCGUUUCCGUAGAAAGAAACAUAGGACAAGGAGAUUAGAUGUUGUCGAUGACGAGAUCCAAAGUGCAGAAUCCUUGCAAUUAAAUUUUCGUACAGUAAGUGCUGCAACGGACAAUUUCGCAGAAGUUAAUAAACUUGGAGAAGGUGGAUUCGGCUGUGUAUAUAAGGGUACACUUGCAGACGGGCAAAAAAUCGCUGUGAAGAGGCUGUCACAACACUCGGGCCAAGGGGAACAGGAAUUCAAGAAUGAGGUUGUAUUGGUAGCUAAGCUUCAGCACAGAAAUCUUGCAAGGCUUCUUGGCUUCUGUCUGGAUGGAGAAGAAAAACUGCUCAUCUAUGAAUUUAUGCCCAAUGCAAGUCUUGAUCAGUUCCUGUUCGAUCCCGUUAAGCGUACAUAUUUGGAUUGGGAAACGCGAUACAAGAUUAUAGGAGGGAUCGCAAGAGGUCUUCUCUAUCUACAUGAGGAUUCUCGCCUUAAAAUCAUUCAUCGAGAUUUGAAAGCUAGCAAUAUACUAUUAGAUGCAGAUAUGAAUCCUAAAAUUUCAGAUUUUGGCAUGGCGAGGCUUUUUGUGGUGGACCAAACUCAGGCGAACACAAAUAGAAUAGUUGGAACAUAUGGAUAUAUGUCCCCGGAGUAUGCAAUGCAUGGGCAGUUCUCUGUGAAAUCAGAUGUUUUUAGUUUCGGUGUCCUAAUUCUAGAGAUUCUCAGCGGGAAGAAGAGUAACUGUUUCUAUGAGCCAGGGGGUGCUCAAGAUCUUCUUAGCUAUGCAUGGACGCAUUGGAAAAAUGAAUCAGCUUUAGAAUUGUUAGAUCCAACUUUGAAAGAUACAUGUUCGAAAAGUGAAGCAAUGAGAUGCAUUCAUAUUGGAUUAUUAUGUGCGCAAGAUAAUGUUGCAGAUAGACCCACCAUGGCAACAGUCGUCUUAAUGCUCAACAGCUACUCUAUGGGUCUAGAUUUACCUUCUGCACCUGCAUUUUUCUCAGAUGGUGCUAGACAUACAAAGACUGGUACUGCACCCAUCUUUCGUGAAAGUGAAGAGCAGGUGAUCCUCAAAGACGAAUCACGCAGCGAUUCGGCAGCAUGGAGUGUGAAUGAAAAUUCAAUUACCGAGUUAUACCCUCGAUGACAAGACUCUAGCCGACUACAUGCAGUUUUUUGAGUACAUAACUUUUCUGUUUUUCUUAUAUAAGUUAUGAUUCAUUUGAAAUUGUUAUGUACUAAUUCAUUUAAAACUUCGAGAUCAGAUUUCCAAUUUAAGACUUGGAGAUCAGAUUUCCACGGAUACCAAUGUUAAUAUGACAGAUUAAGAUUAUGGUUUGGCGUA